AUGACGUGCGAGCUGCCAAGGACCCUCACCGAUGCCAGCGCCUUCCGAGAGGUGCCAGACCACCAAGAGGUCUGGGUCGACACUAGCUCGGACAGGAGUAUAGUCAUCGAAAUCCUGGAGGCGAAGGAAGUUCCUGACGGCCAGGCCAUCGACUUCUUCUUGUCCGACCUUGCCGCCUUCAACGAGGCCCAGGACCCGAAGGUGCUCGAAAACCGCAGCGUCGCUGCGGAGGAGGUGCCCCACCUCCCGGCCACAGCCCGGUGCCUUGCGGGCAUAGGGGAACAGACCGUGGCCAAGUUUCGCGAGGAUCGUGGGAACCGCGUUCGGAUCCACGCUGCGGCCAUCCGACUGCCCGACGUUUCGACGGACAUCCUCAUCACGUUGAACGAUCCAGUGCACGUCGACCCCGACAGCAGCAGCGCUGAGGCGCCGGUGCCGUCCGAGCCGGCCGAG